AUGGCAGGAGAGAAUAAGACCGGCGAAGGCGGGAAGGGGCUCGGUAAGGGAGGCGCCAAGCGCCACCGCAAGGUGCUGCGCGACAACAUCCAGGGCAUCACUAAGCCGGCCAUCCGCCGCCUGGCUCGGCGCGGCGGCGUGAAGCGCAUCUCAGGGCUCAUCUACGAGGAGACGCGCGGCGUGCUGAAGGUGUUCCUGGAGAACGUGAUCCGCGACGCCGUCACCUACACCGAGCACGCCAAGAGGAAGACGGUGACGGCCAUGGACGUGGUCUACGCUCUCAAGCGCCAGGGACGCACCCUCUACGGCUUCGGCGGCUAAAGCUUUUCGCUCCCAGACCAUCUCGAGAACCCAAAGGCUCUUUUAAGAGCCACCCACUUUCUCUUUUGAAAGAGCUGUGUCGCGUUGCGUGGGUGUUGGUAUAUUUGUGCUUCUUUGUUUUGUACGCUCCCAUCAUCCCUAUUCCCCCCACCCCCAUUUUUCUUGCGGACGGGCUAGUCUUGCAGGUCGGCUCUGCGUUCCUUUCUAGCGCCCUGCUGCUGCAUCAUUCCCCUUCCCACCUCUUCUGCCGCCUCUGCUUUCCGGCAGCUGCUUUCGGAAGAGCCUGCUGGGGCGCAUUGCCCUGCAAGGCGAGCGCUGUGCUGGUUUGUGACUUCCCGAGGCAUUUCCCGAUGCCAGGAAGUCCUGGAAAAUGCCGGGGCCUGAAGGGCGAGCCCAGCGCCUCUCUUCAGCGGCUUUGUUUGGGAAAAACACGGGCCAAGGAAACAGUCCCCCUGCCCCAACAAAAUAAAAAGGAGGAAAAAGGCAAA